AUGCUUGGUUUCUCGGAAGAUGAAAUUGCUUGUUUUAUUGCAUUUAUUCGUAUUCUUUCAUGUAUUGCUCAAACUCUUCUUUUGGCAUGUUUACAAAAAUAUUUCGGUGCAAAAGAAACUAUAAUGGUUGGAUUAUUUUUUCAAAUUGUUCAAUUAGCAGCAUUUGUUAUAGCUACAUCAAAUUGGAUUAUGUGGGUUUCUGUUUGUGCAAAAGACAAUCAACAAGGUCUUGUUCAAGGUAUGGUUAAUGAUGUACAUGGUUUAUGUAAUGGUCUUGGUCCAGCUUUGUUUGGAUUUACAUUUUAUUUAUUAAAUGUUGAUUUAGAUUAUUCAUCACCAUUACCAUUAACAAAAAACACAAUCAAAUUUAACAACAAAGAGUAUUAA